AUGCCCGUCGAGCAAGAGCUUCGCACCGCCGGCGCCGCCAUUGUCAAAGUUCUGGCGAAAAUAUUUCUCGCCGAGCCAACACCGCCAGUGGAAGAUCCACCCGUCGAAGAGGAAGGAACCGACUUGCCAGAACCUAUCCUCAUCCCAUCGAACGACACGAACGAGAUUCAAGGCGUUAGAAAACGCUCUACAUACAUUUUUGACAAUACGACCGCGGGUCGCGAAGUUUGA